AAGGUCAUUGUAUCUUGACAAAGUCAGAACAAUUAAUUUCCAUGGAAAAAAAAGGGUUGAAAAUCACUAGUAACGCGGACAGUACUGGACUCUCUAGAGUCAAGUACGCUUGAUUUCCUUCUUCAUUAGCCGGCCCUGAUUCCAUCUAUGGACGUAUUACUGCAGGUUCCAAUAUUUCUCUUCUGGUUGUAGUACUGUGUCUUGAAUAUAUAACCCGUUCUCCUUGUACGAAUAAUUACACCUGCAACAUCUUUUCUCUUCAAAACGGAGAGAUGAGCUUUUAUCUCUUCUUCACCCUUCACAUACUCACAUAUGUCAUCGCCGGCGGGCAAUCCGACAUAACCCUCGACUGUGGCUCUUCAGGAAACGGCACGCGGCUAGGUGACACUCGAAGCUGGGCGGGAGACAUCAGCUCCAAGUUUUUCCCCUCGGAAGGCGAAAAUAAAAAAUCAAUCGCCUCAUCAGCGACUUUUGAUGAUCACACGGUAACUAUGGAAGUUCCUUACACAACAGCGCGGCUUUCCCUAUCUGCAUUCACGUAUGUCAUACCCGUGACCCCCGGGCCGAAGUUCAUACGGUUGUAUUUCUUACCGGCUAGAUACGAGAACUAUAACAGCUCCAAGGCCUUCUUCUCCGUCGAAGCUGAUGAAUACACCCUCUUAAGUAGCUUCAGCGUUGAUCUUACUGCUGGCGCCCUUAGAAGAAAAGACUUAAUGAAGGAAUUCUGCGUGACAGCAUUCAGGUCAAGUCUGAAGAUAAAGUUUUCUCCUAGUUCUUUAAUUCCAGAUGCUUUUGCGUUUAUCAAUGGAAUUGAAGUCGUGUCCAUGCCCACUGAUCUCUAUUACUUGAAGGGCGCCCAUGAUGGCAUUACAAUUGUGGGAGAAAAGUCCCUUUACUUCUUGAGUAACAACACCGCCGCUCUUCAGAUGAUGUAUAGAGUUAACAUUGGUGGACAAUUUCUCUCUCCAAAUCGGGAUACUGGUUUUUUCCGAAGUUGGGAGGGCAAGGAUGAUUUAUAUUUGACGAUACCGGGAUCGGGUCUUCUGCCUGUUGAGACCAAUUACACUAAGUUUAACUUCACAAAAAUUCGAAAUUAUAUUGCACCGGUCGAGGUUUAUCAGACCGCCUGCACGAUGGGGAACGAUAAAGAAGGUAACAAGAAGUACAAUCUCACCUGGGAGUUCCCCGUAGAUUCGGAAUUUUAUUACAUGGUAAGGUUGCACUUUUGUGAGAUUCUUGAGGAGGUAAACUCAACCAAUAAUCGAAACUUCGGCAUUUUUAUAGCAAAUCAAAUCGCGGAGGAAUAUGCCGAUGUGGUCGAAUGGACUGGAGGUAAAUAUAUACCUUAUUUUAGAGACUACAUCGUUUCGAUGUACGGAGGUGAGAAGAAAUUAAACCUCUCUGUCGCUCUACAAGCACACGAUGCCUGGCUCAGUGCUUAUGCUGAUGCAAUUUUGAAUGGGGCGGAGAUCUUCAAAUUGAACGACACAAAAGGCAACCUCGCUGGUCCUAAUCCUGAUCCAAUUCCUCAAGAUCCCUCUCCAAGCCAGCAAGAGGAGAUCGAGGCAAAGAAGAGUGAUCGAACAACAAUCAUAGCAAUCCUCUCCGGUGUAGUUUCCGGCGUAGUUUUACUCUCCGUCCUCGGAUUCUUUACUCUCCGACAAGCAAGAAAAGUCAAAGACUCAGCCUCUAGAGAAGGAACUACUCGAGGCUCGCCAUCCUUACCGUCUGAUCUUUGUCGUUACUUUUCGUUGGCUGAGAUCAAAGCCGCCACUAACAACUUCGAAGAUAUUUUCAUCAUCGGAGUGGGUGGGUUUGGAAACGUGUAUAAAGGGUACAUCGAUAAUGGAACCAAUCCCGUCGCCAUCAAACGACUAAAGUCCGAGUCAUCCCAAGGGGCCCAUGAGUUCAAGACCGAGAUCGAGAUGCUCUCUCAUCUCCGUCACCGCCAUCUCGUCUCUCUAAUCGGCUACUGCAACGAGGACCGUGAGAUGAUCCUCGUCUAUGACUACAUGGCACGUGGAACUCUCCAAGGUCACCUCUACAACACCGAGAACUCACCACUGAUGUGGAAACAACGCCUCGAGAUUUGCAUCGGAGCCGCGCGCGGGCUGCACUAUCUCCACACGGGCGCGAAAUACACGAUCAUUCACCGCGACGUGAAGACAACAAACAUUUUACUGGAUGAGAAAUGGGUGGCCAAGGUCUCUGAUUUCGGGCUUUCAAAAAUGGGUCCCACUACCAUGUCUAAAGCCCACGUCAGCACAGUCGUCAAGGGCAGUAUCGGGUAUUUAGACCCGGAGUACUACAGACGUCAGCAACUAUCAGAAAAAUCCGACGUGUACUCAUUCGGAGUUGUUUUGUGCGAGGUUCUUUGCGGCAGACCACCGAUAAUGCGCAACGCCAGGAAGGGAGAAGUAAGCCUAUCCGAGUGGGCCCAACACUGUUACCAUAACAGGACGCUUCAUCAGAUCAUAGAUCGUAAUCUGACGGGCAAGAUUGCGCCAGAGUGCUUAAAGAAAUAUAGUGAGAUCGUGGUGACUUGUAUGCAUGAUAAUGGGACAGAGAGACCGUCGAUGAACGAUGUCGUGUGGGGCCUGGAAUUUGCAAUGCAAUUACAGCAAAACGCGGAGGACAACGAUGGGAUUGGUGGGGCAAUAAUGGAGGCUAAUGGUGAGGACGAAGUUGCAUUCUUCAAUAAUAACAACAGUAGCUGGGACGGAACGUUCACUUGUAGCUGGGAAGAGUCAUUGGGGUUGAGAAGUAGUGGGAUGACUAAAAUCAGUAGCUCUGAGCAGGGAUCCACUACAGACGAGUCCAUGAAAGGAAUGUCUGGGGCUGUCUUCUCUGAGAUCAAGGAUUCAAAAGGAAGAUGAACAGAGUAGGAUACACAUAAGUAUAUAAAUAGUAACAUAAGUUUUUCAAAUUUCCUAUCAACCUAAUCGGUCUGUACUUUAGAGUUUGCGAAAGAUCAUCUGAGGUCUAUAUGAUAGAAAGUUAGAUGUAUAAUUCAUGAAUAUUUACUAAGAAAUAAGUUAAGUAACAGAGUAGCAUAUAAUAUUAUUUGUGUUGUAUUAGACACGUACGUACAUUUAAUACAUGUAUGUGAGUUUUUUUUUUAA